AUGUUUCAGGUGAUUUCUGGUGGUCUAGAUGGAAAGCUAAUCGUUUGGGAUACUAAAACAUUUGAGAAGGUCCAGGAUUCUGAUUUUGUAGCAUGUAUAGUCGACUCCAUCCUUAUCGUAUACUGGAUUAACUUAAAUGUCUCAGUGAGGUACUCGGUUCCCAAUAAUGAAAGGCAUUCAGAACAAAAGAAUUACACAUGCGUCGCAGCACAUCCAAACGACUGCAUCGUUGCUACAGGAAAUGGUCUUGGUGAAAUAUUCAUUUGGUGGAAUUUAUGUGCUCAAACUGAUGAUCAUUUAAACAUGCUAAACCCUGUUUCUGACGAGUGGACUGGGAAUGAAAAUUGCGCAGAAAAUGAUACUUUCGAUGAUGUCAAAAAAGCUAUCAAAAAACAUUUUGCAGAAGGUCGUUUAUUCACUUAUUACCCAGUUCAUCCUUCUCAUGUUAAAAGGUCUUUACUUCAUUGGCAUUCUGUACAAGUGACAAGUCUUUGCUUUACGUCAUGCGGCACUCAUCUUCUCUCUGGUGGUUUGGAAGGUGUGUUGGUCAAAUGGGAUGUGACUGACUGUUUUGGAGGUCCACAACAGCGUCGUUUUCUACCUCAUUUUGGCUAUCCAGUAUCUUCUGUUCGAAGUCAUGGUGGUUUAUGUGAAGAUAUGAUAUCUGUCAAUUUGGAGAAUAAUUCAUUUCAUAUUAUGGAUGGAGCUUUCACAAUAAUCUACUCAAAACAAGGUUUUAUGCAAUUACCUAAACACUGGUUUCCUGUUACAUUAACGAUGCCCGAAAAUUUAAUGACUCUACAAAGUAAACUUCCACAUAGAGAUGAUGAAUUGUCUUCGACUUAUCUCUUGACAAAUGGUGGCUGUGGUAAAAUACAACUAAUGAAUGUAAAUGACCGUGAACAUUGUGUUCAAACGAUUGAUAUUACUCACCAAAAUCUUGUUGUCAGAAGUACGGAUUCAAAACAUCCAAUUAUACAUGCUGAAGUAUUACUAAUGACCCAGUUGUGCACUGAAGUUGCAUUUACGUGGUUUGUGACUUAUGAAUGUGUAAAAAAGUUAGCUGAUCAUGAACAAGGAUUACCAAUUGAUGAUCAGUCACGUUUAACUUGGUGGCAGUGCCGUGAAUCAGAAAAAGAGAAUGAGAAUAAAGAUCUGUCUUCAUCAUCAGUCGAUGGAAUUCAUGAUUUUGUUAAAUUCACUUCAGUGGAUACUUAUUCCAUGUCACAUUUUGGUUGUCCUGCUGUUAGUAUGGAGUUUGUUCCAUCUGAGAAAAAUCAAUUAUAUGUUCUGUUAAUGGAUUAUCGACUGAUGAUAUGGAAUUAUAAUAUUGAAUACACGAAAGAUCCCAUAUACUCCCCAUGGAUUCCAGCUUCAUGUCAUCUUUUAUCGUAUUGUAAUCAAAACUCUUCGAUCCUACCACCUGGCUCUCUAAUUAUUCCCUUCAAUGUACAAUCUAAUGUAAAUCAAUUCAGUACAUCGACAAGUUUUUUAGUGUAUUCUGGUCUUAAUCUGACUCUUUUGAACUGGAAUCAAAUUUUACUCGAAAGCAAUCCAAAAGUUGCUGCCAGCAUUUGUCUACGAGAUAAUCUAUUGAAUCUGUGGCCAGAUUCAAAGAAGAAUAAUAUUGAUAAAUGUGUUAUUGUCUCUUAUACGGAUAAUGACGAUGAUAAUGUUACACGUUACCUGGCUAUCACGAUUCGUGGUCAUGCUCCUAGAUCAGUGAGUGAGCGUACUUCAAUUGGAGGUUUGUGCCUGCUAAAAUGUACACCUUCCAGUGUUGAAAUGAUGUCAGUUGUUCCAGAUGUACUAGCGACGUGUUUAACUUCACAUCCGAGCAAACCUUGGUUAGCUGUGGGAUUGAAGGAUGGAACAGUUACCAUUUAUGAAGUUCAAUUGAAUUCAAAUAUAAAAUUGAAUAUCAUACAUCAUUGGGAAAUCUUGUUUCUCAACCAUUAUGCGAUCGAACACAUGGAGACUACAGGGUUAAAUAUAUCACCGAAACAACGAAGCUUACUACAAUUGGUUGAUACAGCAGCUCCUGUGAAAUUCGACAAUCAUAUACGAGCAAAUAAACGAAAAUUAAAUUCUGAUAUUCAAUUGGAAAAUACUUUGAAACAAAUAAGUGAAUAUCCUAUUUAUACAGCUCCACCACCUGAUCAACUAUUACACCAACUUAUGCGAAAACAGUGA